GACCAGUAACUACUCCUCCUUAUAUAUACAUUCAAUUCAUAUGUGAUUGAACUGUAAAAGUGCCACAAGAAGAAGCGGGUUCUGCUUAGAAAGAACAAGAAACGAUGGGAAUCUGCAGAGAUAUGGCGGGUACCCAACAAGGGCUACGAAGGAAAGGAGGAAACAGAGCUGCACUUUUUGUAUACGCUAUGGAAGGACUAGAGAACAUGGCGUUCGUUGCCAAUGCGGUGAGCCUAGUAACAUAUUUCUUUGGCUUCAUGAACUUCAGCUUAACAAAAUCUGCCACAACCUUGACCAACUUCAUGGGAACUGCAUUCUUGCUAUCUCUAGUUGGAGGAUUCAUCAGUGAUACAUGUCUGUCUAGGUUCAAAACAUGUGUUAUCUUUGCAUCCAUGGAAUUGCUGGGAUAUGGUCUGCUUACAGCUCAAGCACACUUCCAGCAGCUCAGACCAAUAUCUUGCAAGAAUGGAGCAGCAUCACAGAUGAGUCAUUGUGAUGCUGCCACAGAUGGACAGGUUGCAAUACUCUACACUGGGCUCUACCUUAUUGCAUUGGGAACUGGUGGUGUUAAGGCAGCAUUGCCAGCAUUAGGUGCAGACCAAUUUGAUGAGAAGGACCCCAAAGAGGCUCCUCAAAUGUCAAGCUUCUUCAACUGGUUCUUGUUUAGUCUAACCAUAGGAGCCAUUGUUGGUGUUACUUUCAUUGUUUGGGUCAGUACCAACCAAGGAUGGGCUUGGAGUUUUACUAUUUGCACUAUUGCAGUCUUGUUUGCAAUCAUAUUCAUAUGCAUGGGCAGGUCUUUAUAUAGAAACAAUGCCCCAAAGGGAAGUAGCCCUCUAGUUCGAAUCAUACAGGUUCUUGUAGUAGCCUUGAGAAACAGAAAAGUUCAGAUUCCAGAGAAUGCAGAAGAACUGCAUGAAAUUCAUGAAAAAGAAAGAGUGGACAAUCAUGAAAUCAUUAAAAGGACAAACCAAUUCAGAUUCUUGGACCGCGCGGCGGUUGUCACAAUCAAUGAUGGACCAUGGAAUCUGUGUACAGUGACACAAGUAGAGGAAACAAAAAUCCUAAUCAGAAUGCUACCAAUAAUACUCAGCACAAUAUUUAUGAACACGUGUUUGGCACAGCUUCAAACCUUCAGCAUACAACAAGCCGACACCAUGGACACCAACCUCCAUGGCUUCAAAGUGCCAGGUCCCUCAAUCCCAGUCAUCCCUUUGUUGUUUAUGUUCGUCCUAAUCCCUUUAUACGACCGCAUCUUCGUCCCACUGGCACGAAGAUUCACAGGGAUCCCCACAGGGAUCACACACCUUCAGAGGAUUGGAAUUGGAUUGGUUCUGUCAGCUAUUUCCAUGGCAGUGGCUGGUUUUGUUGAAACACGCCGCAAAUCGGUGGCCAUACAACACAACAUGGUAGAUAGCACAGAGGCUCUUCCAAUGAGUGUGUUCUGGAUUGGUUUCCAAUACGGCAUUUUUGGAGCUGCAGACAUGUUUACUAUCAUAGGUCUUCUGGAGUUCUUCUAUGCAGAGAGUUCAGCUGGAAUGAAAUCUUUAAGCACUGCAAUAGCUUGGUGUUCUGUGGCAUUUGGUUACUUCACAAGCACAGUGGUGGUUGAGGUGGUUAACAAAGUCAGUGGAGGGUGGCUUGCAAGUAAUAACUUGAACAGAGACAACCUUAAUUACUUCUAUUGGCUAUUGGCUGUGAUGAGUGUUCUCAACUUUGUGUUUUACUUAGUUUGUGCUUCUUGGUAUAAGUACAAAGCAGUAGAAGACAAGCACCGUGAUUCAAAAGAUAAUGCUCUUGAAAUGGUUAAUGCGUAGGCCUGCACGCUCUUCACUGUAAUUUAUAAAUUAUAUGCUGCUGUUAAUUCUUAUAAGAAGCUAGGUAAACUGUAUAACAAGGAAAUUGUUACUAUUAAUAACUGAAAAUAAUGAUUGUAGUUGGCUUUUGUGCUAUGGUUCCUAUUAAGACAGCAAUGACUAUUGGUUCCCAAAUUCAUUCCUGGAUCA